CUCCCUAAAUCCACCCGUGUGUCAUUUUAGUAGGUAUUCUUUGAGAAUAGAAGGCUCAAACUUUUAACGUCCACUCUUUCCGCCUCGGAGCUUCAGUUUUUCAGUGUGCUCGUGAGCAACGACGCUUAAGUGCCGAGUGGCUCCUCCAAAUUUCCUCACGUAAGACGGAAAAAUAAGCUAUUUACUUUGUCAGGUCGGUGCCUCAGAAGAUUGAAUUCUGCCAUGGCCAAGGUACAAGUGUUAAACGUUGCUGUGUUGGACAACCCAAGCCCGUUUGGAAACCCGUUUCAGUUUGAAAUAACGUUUGAAUGCAUGGAGGAUUUGCCAGAAGAUUUGGAGUGGAAGAUCAUCUAUGUGGGCUCAGCUGAGAGUGAAGAAUACGACCAGGUUCUGGACUCCGUGUUAGUCGGUCCGGUACCAGCCGGAAGGCAUAUGUUUGUGUUUCAGGCCGAUGCUCCAAACACAGCACUGAUUCCAGAAAGUGAUGCUGUCGGAGUGACUGUAGUCCUCAUAACAUGCACCUACCGGGGACAGGAAUUUAUUCGGAUCGGUUAUUAUGUCAACAAUGAAUACACGGACCCAGAGCUACGAGAAAAUCCACCUCUAAAACCAGACUACUCCCAGCUCCAGAGGAAUAUUUUGGCCUCCAAUCCUCGUGUCACCCGCUUCCAUAUUAACUGGGAGGGCUUGGCUGACAAGAUGGAGGACAGCGAGAAUGUCGACCCGUCCCCAAACACUGGUGGAAUGCUUCAUCCCAGCUGUAUACCUGGAAAGUUGCCACCCCUUGGACAGAUGCCAGACAACUCCAUGGACUGCAUGUAACAGUUUGUAUCACAUAAUGGACAAGGAGCUCUUUGAACAACUCCACAUAUCCACAGGGAGGCCAUGGGUGUAUCGACGUGAAACAUGGACAUUAUUUCUCUAUGGCGCACAGGUUGGGGUGGGCGUGGAAUCGUUGCUAGCUUUGGUUCCCCUCUUGUACGCUCGCUCCGAUCUGCACAGCCAGAAUUGCCUUAAAUUAUCAUAAUUUUGCAUUAGAUGUUGACGUUUCAAAGGUUUGAGUCAUGGAGGUGGCGCAGUCAUUAAACUGGCUCGCAUCACCAGAGCCAUGACACGUAUGUUAGCAGUGAUUCUUUAUUUUUUAACUUUGUUUUUCAUACCCUUUUGUGCGCAAAUCAAAUCCUUGGGAACAGCUUUGUACAUCUAAAUGUAUUGCAGGAAGAGUUGUGAUGUGCAGCGUCUGCAUGUGAAACAAAUUUUGGGUCAAUUUAGCAUGUUCUACUGGAAGAGGGUGGGUACUGCAGAGUAACACGGUGUAGUUACAGUACCCUUUGAAUGUUUUAAUAAAAUCUGAAGGCGAAGGUGAAAUGUGCAAGAUGUUGCUGUCAAAUC